AUGCCAGGAAUGAUUUUCAGGACAAACAACGAGCCAUUGAAGGCCGUGGUGGGUGUGAUCCUUGUCCUCAAGUUUGGAAAAGGCGAGGAACUGAGCAAGGGCGUGAGCACAGUGCUGGUGGUGUCCAUCUGCCUCUUCGUGGGACACAAAUUAAGGCAACCUCCACCAGCAGCAGGAGACAUCCAGAGCAUGAACAUGAUCCAUCAUGGGUUUUAUUCUACAUAUAAUAAUACAACUCUGCUAUAUGAGAUCCUGAAGUCUAUUAUAUGGGCAAGAAAAACAUAUGGAAAUCUACCUGUAAAUGUUGUGGGACACUCCACGGGAGGGGAUCUAGCUUCAUUUUGUGCCCUUGAUCUACAUGUUAAAUUUGGAUCACAGGACGUUGAGCUCAUGACUUUUGGACAGCCUCGGAUAGGCAAUCCUGCUUUUGUUGUAUGCUUUGGCGAACAAGUCCCAAGAACAAUCCAUGUGACCCAUCAGAACGAUAUUGUGGCGCAAUUACCACCAUAUUAUUAUUACCUAAGUGAAUGGACAUACCACCACUUCGCUAGAGAGGUUUGGCUUCAUGAGAGCAUAGAUGGAAAUGUAGUUGACACAAAUGAGACGGUAUGUGAUGAUUCUGGUGAGGACCCGACCUAUAGCAGGUACAUAUCAUGGGUCUAUGGAAUGAGUGUAGCAGAUCAUCUUGAGUACUACAGUUUCACACUACAUGCUGAUUCAAGGGGAACCUAUCAGUUCAUGAUUGGUACAGCCAACCAAGUAUACAACUACAUUCAUGAAGUUGAUGGAUCCAUCAUCUUGUUAAGAUAUAUGCAAGAACCACGGGCUCUAGAAUCAAUGUGA